AUGACCUGGGUCACCUCAUUUGUCGAUGGAGGGUGGAAGCACGCAGACAAGCCCCUAUCCUCCUCAGCCGAGAGCACAACAGCAUAUCCGGCCAUCCUCGCCGAGUACAUCACCUUGUAUGUCAAGACGGGCGCGACCGGGUCCCGCAAAUUGGCCGUCCGGGUGCAGACGCCCGACCAGAAAUACCACUACAGCAACAGCGCCAGUUACGCCAAGGGGGUCAUCAUCCGCGCCAUCACGCCGCGGCGAUACAGUACCAACGAUCUCCACAUUGAGGAAGUCGAGAUCGCUAAAGGGAACUUUUAUCCCCCCUACCAUUCCGGGAGCGACAGCCUGCCCGGCUGGGGCUACUGCUGGAUGGUCAAGGAUGGCCACAAGUACAGCAUCGCCACCCGCCAUUGGUAUACGUGGCCGACAGGCGAGACCACGCGCACCGUCUGGUCGGUCGUCAGCGACUUCGGGAUCCUGGGUUGGGAAGACAACGACCGCUGGCUAGAAGUGUGGGAUAAGUACGGCAACAAAGCCGCCUUCACGCUCAACACCAACGACACUAGGAUGCACGUCAUUGCGAAAGACCGUGCCAUCACGGCCGAGGUUGAAACGAAUGGGGUCCAUAAGCCUGGGACGUCCGUUUGGGUCUAA